AUGUUUGUCUAUCGAGAUGAAAUCGAUGGAUUACGAUCAGUAGCUGUUAUUCCUGUUAUAUUGUAUCAUGCGGGUUUCACCGAUUAUUUUGCUGGUGGUUAUGUCGGUGUUGACAUCUUUUUUGUCAUAAGUGGAUACUUAAUUACAUCUGUGAUCGACCACGAAUGUGAAGACGGAAGAUUUUCUCUCGUCAGUUUUUAUGAACGACGAUGCCGGCGAAUCCUUCCGGCGUUGUUUCUCAUCUUAUUUCUCAGUAGUAUUUUUGCUUACAAGCACAUGUUACCAGAUCAAUUAAAAGAAUUUGGUGAAACUCUCAUUGCUAUCGUAUGUCUUAGUUCGAAUGUUUAUUUCUGGUGGAAGGACGAUGGAUAUUUUACGAACAUCAGUGAAUUGAAUCCGCUGAUUCAUACGUGGAGUUUGGCGGUUGAGGAACAGUUUUAUUUUGUAUUUCCGCUUUUAUGCCAUUUUUUCGCGAAGAAACGACGUUGUUUAGUAAUUCUAUUGAUCAGCGCUGCUCUGAUGAGUUUGUUGUUAAGUCAAUGGGGUGGAAAUUUACGAUCUUUAUCAAUAAAUCAAUUUCAAGGAUUCGCCCAGCCUGCUUAUGCAACGUUUUAUUUACCGACAGGUCGUAUCUGGGAACUUCUUUGUGGCGCUUUUAUCGCUUUCUAUCUUCGCAUUAAAGAUUCUUCGAAAGAAUUUUCACGUCUGACGAAAGAGUUCUUUGCAUUACUUGGUGUUCUAUUAAUUAUUCUAUCAGUAGUCGGCCUUGACAAUCAUCGAGUCCCUCCAUUUCCAAAUUUUUAUACCAUAUUGCCAGUAUCAGGCGCAUCGCUAAUCAUUCUCUUCGCUGAGAAAAACACUACUGUUGGUUAUUUGUUGAGUAUUCGUCUGGUUCGAUGGAUUGGUUUAAUCUCGUACAGUGCGUAUCUUUGGCACCAACCGCUGCUUGCUUUCCUCCGCAUUAAGUCGACUUCAACGCCGCAGUUAAAUCUCAUUAUUAUUGUAAUUGCUCUUGUCUUUCCAUUGAGUUUUUUAAGCUACAAAUUUAUUGAACAACCUUUUCGCGAUAAGCAACGUUUCUCGCGGAAACAAAUUUUUGCAAUAAGUGGUUUAUGUUCUGCGAUCACGUUGAUUCUUGCAAUACAUUCUAUUCAAACUGCGAAUAUUCAGUCGAUGACAGCAGAACAACGAGGCGACGAAUAUCUAUCAGAUUUAAGAAAAUAUGGCAAUUGGGAAUAUGUCGUACGAGAUUUCGAUGCUUUAGAACGCCGCAAGACAUUUUCGAAUCAAACGGCAGCAUUGGGAAAAAAGAGAAUGGUUUUAAUCGGUGAUAGUUUCGCUCAAGAUGUUUACAAUAUGAUCAUUGAAGGCAAGCAUUUAGCUAACUACGAAAUUCGUGUGUAUUUUGUUUAUUCGCGUUGUCAAAUCUAUCUCGGCACAGAAGAUCGAAAGCAAUUUAUUGAGAAACGCCAUCAUCAAACCUGCACGAAUGCGAACGAUAUCAAAUACGCGUUACCAUUGAUUCGUCAGGCAGAUGUGAUUAUGCUAGCGAGUAAUUGGUAUGAAUGGAGUGCACAACGAUUGCCAACAACGUUAAAACUAUUGAAUCUAACAGAGCACCAGCAAGUCUUUGUUAUCGGUUCAAAACAUUUCGGAAUUGUCAAUCCAGCGUUGUAUGUUAACAAAUCAACGGCAUUUCGAAAGAAACAGUUCCAAGCGCCGAAGACUGAGAUUGUUAAUGUCAACAAUCUGUUAGCGAAAAGCAUUGAGAAACACAUCUUUGUCAAUGUUAUGAAGAUGGUUUGUACAGGAUAUAAUUUCACAUGUCCGCUGUUUACUCCCCAAGGAAAGUUAAUCUCACACGAUGGUGCACAUCUGACGAAAUACGGAGCUGGUUAUGUGGGAGAGAUUAUUUUUAAGAAUAAACCUUUGAAUAAAUUGUGA